AUGCCUCCACGGCUCGGCCACUGGGCAGUAGCCAUGUCAAUGUCCCGUCGUGGGUCCCCAUUUGGAACAAUGUUCCAAAACAGCCGGCGUUGGAUGAGUGGCUCUCAGUGUCUUCCCAGCGUUGGAGUGCCGAUGACCCAAGUAGCCAUCAUGUGGGAGAAUAGACCCCUCAAGCAUGCUUGGCUUGACUCGGUGUCUAGGCUAAAGCUCUACGUUCGAGGCACAUGCAUCACAACAAUCGCUGACAUGUUUAGCCCCUAUUUCAAGUAUCUUUCAUCUCAAAGACUUUGCCCAGCAGACGAGCUUUAUCGAUACAUCAAUCUUGACACGCAUUUCAGAGCAAUCAAUACAAAAUUAGGCGAUGGAAAUGUCACGCGCGAAGACUUAUUCCGCGUGAUCAUGGCAAAUCGAGCUUCAAGCAGAGAACUCGAGGAUCUGAACUGCUUGAGAGAGGCGGACAUGACAGAGCUUCUCGAGGCGUACGAUCAACUCGAAAGCCGAAAAAAUCACUCAAGAGCAUCACCAUACAACGAGCUUCUAGUCUCUUCGUUUCAGCAUUUCGCCUAUUUUGCCCGAGGACGCAAGCUUUUCCUCGCAGCAAACCAACAGCUCGGAUUGGCGUCUGACACUAUGCCGGGCGACCAGAUCUUCAUCUUGCGGGGCUGUCAAACGCCGGCGAUCCUUCGCCAUGUAUUUGGAAAGGAAUAUCGAUUUGUAGAGACGUGUUAUCUAUAUGGUGCCAUGCUUAGGGGAAUGAUGACAUGGGAUUAG